AAUCAAUCCAGCAAACGCCAAGCUCGGCUCGAGCCAGUAGCGCAGUUCCCAAUCGCGAGGUUACAAGUCGAGACACCUGGAGAAACCCAUGGAUUUCCUAUCGAGAUUUCUACUGAUCGCCGGCCUGCUGAUGCUGAGCUGGCAGUGGACGGUGGCCCUGCCCAACGUCCCGAAGAACCAGCCCGGCGCCGUGCCCAUCACCCAGCCCGACUUGCCGGGCGUGGACAACUCGGCCAUCCUGGUGCAGAGCAUCUUCAACAUCGAUCCCUCGCUGUGCCCCAAGGGCUACAUUCGCGUGGGUCCCCACAACACGUGUCGCAAGGAGGUCUAGGCAGAUAACGCCGCCGGGGAAUUCCAGGGGAUUAAGUAAUCGGUCAAUAAAUGAACCCUACAAAGCGGCGAUAAUGACCCACGAACGCCAGACGGGAACGUGCCAAAAGCCGUGUUUAUUAUUGAUACCGAAGCAUAAUACAUACGUGAACAAAUAAAUUAUUCAAAAUUAUGUGGUACUCUUGAA